AUUUGUUGUGUUAGUCGUAGCGAAAUAAGGAGAGGAGCAGAGUAUAUACGAAAUGGCUGAAGAAGGGAAGACGUCGCUGUACGUAGGCGAUCUGGAACCGAGUGUGACUGAUUAUGAGCUAUUCGAUGCGUUUAGCCAUGCGAGUCAUGUAAGCUCUGUUCGUGUUUGCAGAGAUUUGACCACCAGGAGAUCUCUUGGUUAUGGCUACGUUACCUUUGACUAUCCUCAAGAUGCUAAAAGAGCAAUGGAAAUGCUGAACUUUACUACUCUUAAGGGAAAAAUCAUUAGAGUUAUGUACUAUGUCCACAAUCCAAGUCUUCAAAAGCGUGGAGUUGGUAAUAUAUUUAUUAAGAAUCUUGAAAAAUCCAUCGAUCAAGAAGGACUUUAUCAUACAUUUUGGUGCUUUGGAUCCAUUCUUAGAUUCAAACUGGCUACUGAUGCCUUUGGUGAGUCAAAGGGAUUUGGCUUUGUACAGUACCACACUGAAGAAUCAGCUCACAAGGCCAUAGAAUAUAUGAACGGAAUGCUUCUUAACGAUACAAAAGUAUAUGUUGGACCUUUUCUUCAAAGAGAUUCUCCAAGCGAAAAGGCGAUGUUCACUGAUAUUUAUGUCAAAAAUCUCUCCAAGUCCUUGACUGAUGAAGAGCUGAACACAACUUUUAAAGAGUUUGGACCAACUACAAGUUGUGUGAUCAUUAGGGAUGGUGAGGUUCCCCAAGGAAAGUCUAAAGGUUUUGGCUUUGUCAAUUUUGAGAAUCCAGAAGAUGCAGAGAAAGCUGUUGAGGCUUUAAACGGAAAGAAGUUUGAGGACAAGGAGUGGUUUGUUACGAAAUCGAAAAAGAAGUAUCAGAUUGAAUCUAAAGUGAAGCAAGGUUUGAAGCAGGCUAUCAACAGAUCACAGGGUUCGAAUAACUUGUGUGUUAAGAAAUUGGAUAAAAGAGUAACAGAUGAAAUCCUCAAAGACUUUUUUUCUUCCUAUGGAACUAUAACAUCAUGCAAGGUCAUGAGAGACAAUAGUGGAGUAAGUAAAGGAUCAGGCUUUGUUUCAUUUUUGAAGCCAGAGGAAGCUCUUAAAGCUAUGCGGAACUGUCUUUCCUUCAACCCAGCCUCUCCGGAGGUCUCACUCGACGACGACCCUCUUCCCCAUCCGUCCCUAGAGAGUGGUGAGGCCUCCACUUCCAGAAACGACGCUUCUAUUACGUCUCCCACGUUUAACCUCAGCCGUGAGUUGGCUCACGCUUUUCAAACCCCUUCAUACCACGACGUACGUUCAAGGGUUCACGUGGUUGUUGACCCUACACAGCAUCAUCAUCAGUACAUCCAACCAGAUAUUGAGCUGCUUAUUUCUCAAGUGCUCCAACCAAACAAAGAAUGUGUUCAAGAAGCUAUUAGACACUUCAAGCAAACUACACUUACCCAUCUCGUUUCCACUUACUUCCAACACAGCGAAAACGCUACCCGCCUUUGCUUGAAUCUUUACCAAAACGUCCACAGUGCUCGCCACCACCUCUACACACCUCUCUUAGACCUCUUCAACAUCUUUCCCAGUGAUUCACACGCCACCAUUGACGAGUCCCUAUGUAACCUGGCAUUCGACGUUUUCCUUAAGCUUGACACGUUUAAAAACCCUUUCUCAUCUCCUGAAUCUCACAGCUUUCAAGACACCCAACUAUGCUUCUCCCAGCUGAAGAAUAAUCUGGACAGACGUCUUCGCAAGUCUAGGUCACGGGUCCGCCUCAUCCACCAUGCCACAGCUGGUCCCUUGUGCAGUCCCUAUCUUCCUCACAGUUUCAAGAGGAAGGAGUUAACUAACAUUUGUCAACUCAAUGCUGCUUCCAAGGGUACUUUUGUGCUCAACAAAGAUCUUGACACCAUUGACCGUCUUGUCUCUCGUUUGCACAGUGGGAUUGAAUACGACAAGCAUUUAAUUCGGCUUGGAUUAGAGAGGGGGAGGGACCUGCAUUCAAUUCAAGAGAUUGUGAAACAGCUUCGCAAAAACAACCUUAACCUCACCCAUCAACUCAAGGAUCUUGAAGAUCAUAUAUGUCUUUGGUUCACUAACGUUAACAAAGCUAGAUCCUUGCUCCUUAAAGAGAUCCAUCUUCCUCGAACAGAGAACAAAUUAAAGUAUCCUGAGCUUUAUGCGAGAGGACAACGGGACGGAGGUGAAAUAUACAUAGAAGUUGAGCUACCUGUAGCUGGGAACAGAGACUCUUUAUAGCAUCCUUAAAAAUUGUUCUUAGACUUGCAUGCCUUAAGCAGUAGUAGUUCGAUACUGGAUGUUGUAUUCGUUCAUAUCAUCAUAUCGGGCAAUUCUUUUGGUGGAUUAAUAAUUUGUUGCACUUGGA